ACUUGUACACAUUUGAUAUAACAUCACCUGGAGGCGAUAAACUUUGUGAAGGUUAUAAAAUUUUAUCUGAGGACUGCAUAAAUGGAAGAGAUGUAAAAACAAUUACACUUGUAGAUGAAUAUGAGAUGCAAUUAUCAGAUUCAAUAUUUGCAUAUCUUAUGAAUCAUUCAAAAAUUCUUGAUACAACCUCUAAUACCCUGGCAAAUCAAGUUCAACUAACAUCUACUCGAGUUGCACCCAAUCUUGAGUCAAUUCAAAAUGCUCUUAAAUAUGAUAAAAAGUUGUUUCACCCAAGCACAUCAGAAUUUGAAAAAGUUUGCUCUCUAAUGGAUAAAUAUGAAAUUGAAGGCACCAUUAUAUCAAAACAAUAUGGUGUCAAGGGUGCCCAAGAUCCUAAAGAACAAGCUGUACUUCUUGGUGUUGCAUCCACAAUUAUGCCAAUUCUUUUAAACAAAUAUCCAGAUUUUCUGGCUGUAGACUCUACUGGCCGUCGCAAUAGCUUAAACUUUCUAAAUACUGCUUUCAUGGUUAGGUCAAAUGAACCCCGUGGUCGAAUUGUAGCAAUAUUUGUAAGCGACAAAGAAACAAUAUCAGUUGUCGAUCUUAUGUUUGAGUCAGUAAAAAUUGAUCAAGAUACUUGGAAUGUGUUCCGAUUUGGUACAAAUAUUGAUACUCAAUAUAUUGAAAUGGAAGAUAUCAGUGAAGAAAACUUUGAAUCAGAGAUCUCUACUUCAAUUGACGGGUAUAACAAAACUUUGUGUGUCACAUCUGAAUCAGCUGCAAGCAGCUCUCUCGAGUCCUAUCUUCGCCAGAAAGAUGCUAAUGGUCACAAUAAAAAUGAACUCAAGUUACCCGAGAGAAGAGGUCCUAAAAAUAAGAGAAAAAGUCGAUUGGUACCAGGAGAAUCUAUUCAACUACGGGAUACAAUAUUAAACAUACCUUACUAUACGGUGAAAAUUGUUGAAAUUAUUGGUGAGAGUAGAGUUAUUGUGAAUAUUACCUUUGAAAAUGGUAGUCAAAAUCAACGCAUAGUUCAACUGGAUGAUAUAAUCGGAUAUGCCGAUGAGCAAGAUUCUCAUGGCAACAUCGUUGUUUUUACAAUACCAUUUGGAGGAAAGAAAGGCACAUUGUAUUUAACCUCUACUUGUCCUGUGGAUACGAGUCUUAUACUUAUCCAAAGUGUCUUUACUCACCAAGAUAUUUAUAACCAAGCUACUGCUUUUGUAUUAGCUGAUUCAAAUUCAUAUACACAUCUUCUCUAUCAAGUUCUUGAUCAUAUGGAAAAGAAAAAAUGGGUAGAAGCUAAAUUCUUUUAG